UGGGGUAGCUCCUCUCCUUCAUUCUCUAUCAUUCAUAUUGAUGAUUGAUGAUCAAGGGGUUCACAGUAGAGCAUUUUUUUCUCAAUUAUCAUUUCUGGAUCACGGCCAUUUAUGAAAUGCACAAGCCUGGAAAGACAACCACUAUGUUUAAAUGUUUAAUGCUAUUGCUUCUGUGAUUUUAAUGCUAUUGCUUCUGUGACUGAACACCAGGGGUCUUCUUUACACAGGUUUGCUGAUAUAGAGGAGUUUACAGAUUGCAUUAGUUAUUGUGAAUUUUUUUGAUCUUCCAUUUAUAGGUAGGUCUUACACUUGGCAUGGUGAUAGAAGAAAUGGUCUAGUUUUUGGCUUAGGCUUGAUCGUUUUCUUAUGAAUUCAGCCUUUCUGGACUUGAUUGCCUCUACGGUAACUCAUCACCUUAAUAGAGCCACAUCCGAUCAUGCACAGCUUCUCCUAGAAUGCAAAAUGGACUCCUCCCAAACAGGGCCUAAAAAUUCCGUUUUCAAAACAUGUGGUUAUCUCACCCAUCCUUGAUGUAGGUGGUGGAGCAGAGCUGGUCUUCUCAUUCAUUUGGUGGUGGUGUGAGGGGUCUGUUCCUGAAACAUUUUCAGUGAUAUUAAGCGCUUGGAGGAAGACUGAAGCUGAAGCUCUUUCUGAAUCGGACCCAAGUAAUAUUAUUAGGAUGGCUUGGUCCCAGAAGGAAGAAAGCCUGCAAUUCAAACUGAAGCAAAAGCGGAAGUAUUGGAAGCAGAAGUCUAAAAUACCAUGAUGUUUUAAGGGAGGGGAGGCAAACACAAUUUUUUUUUCACAAUUUUUUGAAAAAUAAGAGAAGGCAGCAAGCUAUUUCUACUAUACUGGAUUCGACCAGAAAUAUCAGUGAUUCUUUGGAGAGUAUUGAAGUUGUGGGCUUGUGGCUGGUCUUAUUUCAAAAACUUUUUCUCCGAGGACCCUACUGUUGCUAAAUAUGAUAUUUUCUUAGAACAUAUCCCUAACAUUUUGCAGGAGCAUAAUAAUCAAGCAUUGAUUGCUCUACCAAAUGAGGAGGAGGACAGGUCGUGUGGCAACUCAACAAGAAUAAUGUGGCUGGACCGGAUUGGCUUUAACAGACAAUUCUAUAGAAAUGUUGAAAAACUGUGGGGAAGGACGUCACAUUGGCGGUGCAAGAUUUCUUUUUGGGUACCCUAAAUCCUAUGACAAUGGCUAGUUCUCAGUUGGUUGUCAUCCCCAAGAUUCCUCAGCCAAAGAACUUUAGUCCUUUAGUCCUAUCAACCUCUCCACCUUCAUUAGUAAACUCUACACACUUAUUCUUGUUAAUAGAAUAAGUCCACUUCUUCCAUCUCUUUUGAGCAAAGAAGAGGCUGCCUUCAUGAAACAUAAGGAUGUUUCUGGACACGCCCUUAUUGCUAAAGAGAUUAUCCACUCACUUGACUAGAAAGUCUGAGGAUCUGAUGUGGCUAUUAAACUUGAUAUGGCGAAAGCCUUUGAUUGUGUGUCAUGGUCCUUCCUCUCAGCUGUCAUGCAUAAGUUUGGUUUCUCCUCUCAGGUUAUUAAGUUAAUUAUGAAUAAUUCAAAAGCUUCUUAGUUGUCCGUCCUGGUCAAUGGUAGGCCCUUCGGUUUUUUAAAACCAACAAGGGGGGUUAAACAGGGGGGCCCUUGUCUCUCUACCUUUUUUUAUUGCUUCAGAAGCAUUCUCUAGAAAGCUCAAUCCACUUAUCACUCAAGGAUGUAUUCAGCCUUUUUUUGUAGCGAGAGGCAAUGCCGAUCCUCAGCCACUUCACUUUCGCGGACAAUCUCCUCAUUUUCCUUAAUGGAUCCUCCAGUUCCCUUAUGUCUUUUAAAUCUUGCUUAGAAGAUUAUCAGCAGAUAUCCGGCUAAUUGGUUAACUUACAUAAAAGUACUUUUACCUCCACCUACGAAGGAAUAUGAUGGAGACCAUUUUAAACAUGAAGAGCUAGGUAUUACCAUUUAAGUACGUGGGAGUUUAUAUCCAUAAAGGUAUCAAUCGAGAUAAAUACUGUGUUGAUUUGAUCAAGCAGUUUGAAGCAAACCUUUCUCCCUCGAGGACGAAAACACUAAACAAGGAGGCAGGUAAAUUCUAAUCAAACGUGUGUUAGCUAUGUUGCCUUUACUUAUCAUUGCAGCCGAUUGCCUACCUAAGAAAAUAAUUUCAAUUCUUGAAAGGAAAAUGGGGUCGUUCUUAUGGAGCGGCUCUCAAGACAAACUCAGCCAUCAUUGGAUCAGUUGGAAAAUAAUAUGUCGCCCAGUAAAUGAGGGAGGACUUGGGCUGCGUUUAAUUACUGACGUUCAGGAAGCCUAUUCAUACAAAAUGUGGUGGCAAUGGAAAUCUAAUAAAUCUUUUUGAGCUCAGAUAUGCAUGCUAGAUAUCCGAGAGGCAAUAACAUGCAACCGAACUCCUUGACUCUCCUAUAUGGAAGAGAAUUUGUGCCAGUCAAUAGCCAAUUCAAUGUUGUGAAUUUACAGAUUAUGACUCCGGUGGUCUCUUUCAAGUGACAGUAAUUUUAGCCUAAAAUCAGCCUGUGAAGCUAGCAUCCGUGAAUCCAGCUCUCAAACAUUUUCGGUUGAUCAAGCAGGGAACCAUGCCAGUUGAACAGCCUAACUAUUCGCCUUUUCCUUUGGAAAGUCUUGCACAACAUUUUGCGUUUUCUUCAGAACUUAUGUCGGUUUAAAGUUCUUCUUCCCUCCAUUUGCCCUUUUUGCAGGAGCCAUUCUGCAGACUUGGACCAUUUCUUACUUACAAGCUCUUUUGCAAUCCAGAUUUGGCAUCAUCAUAUGGGGCUCUUAAUAUCUCAUCAACCUUCGCCUUCUAAUCACUUAAACAAAAUCUCAUUUUAUAGUGGUUAAAGGGAAGUAAUAGCGAUAUGGAAGGUAUUUUUAGAUUAAUUUUGCAUGGAGUUAUAACCUGGUUUCUCUUGAAAGCAUAUGCAGCUUAUUAAUGGGGCGAUUCCAUGCUUCCUUCUGCAUCAAGCAUCAUUGGGCUCAUCAAUAAUCAUAUGUACCAGAGGGCAGCUAGAUUGGUAAGCACUACAUUUGAGAAUGAUUCCUAGGUGGUGUCUGAAGGUAUUUUGUAACGACUGUGCUUCUUUGCCAUCAUUGGUGUGUGGUGCCAUCACUCUUGAUAAGCUCCCAAACAAGGCGAAUCCUCGGAUUCCGAAGAGGCUAAUCACGAACAGCCAGCAGCCAUUGCUGAUAGCAGACUUUUCUCCGUGGGUGUUGAGGAUGAACCUCAGGCCUCUCCUCCCGUCCAGGAAAGAAGGAAACCUAGGAAGAAGAGGCUGAGGAAGGCCGAACAGGCAACUUCCUCCCAAGCUGCACCUCCAUCUCCCGAACCGUCUCAGCCUGCUCAGGAGGUUGAGCCUGUUCAGCAGGUUGCCUCUGAUCAGCAACCUUCUCAUGCGAAUAUGCUGAUGGAUCAGCUCUUCUCUGAUCAGCAGUCCCAUGAAUUCUCUGCCGAGGACGUGGCAGCCCACCAAUCGGAGCUGGCCAGGCAGUUCCAGAGGAUCUCCCUCAAGGACCCCGCUCAUGACAUGCUAGAGCGAGGUGGUUGUCCGGCAAGCCGGAUUUGGUCAACGUCUGUUGACCUCAAUGAUUUCGUCCUCCCCGAGCUCCCGGUCGAGGAGGCUGAAGAGUGCCUUGCCUUGGCUGCUCUCAAGGUGGGGCUAUAUAGUCUGAAAAUCCGUGAAGCCCGGCUGGCCAAGGAGCGGGAGCUCAUUGUGGCAAGGGAGGAAGCCCUACAUUCCCUCACCUCCGCUAAUCAGGCGGCUGAGACUGAUCGGCAAGCAGCUGCCGAGGUCCAGAAAAAGUUGGAAGCCGAGCUCGGGGAGCUUCGUGUGAGGGUGGCUUCCCUUCAGUCAUACCUGGCGGCUGCUGAGUCCGCCCAGUUGAAAUUUGCCGUAUCUCCUUCUCAGAUCCCGGACGGGCCCCCUGAGGUGAUUGCCGAUCUUUAGACCGUCCGGGAAAACUUCAAGACUUCGGAAGAGUUCUGGGCCUAUGCUUUUGAGCAACUCCCCACUCUGUUCGGGGAGCACCUGGCUAAGCUGAAGGGCGAGGAGCGCCAGAAGGAGGGGGUGAACAUCCUCGACAAGCAUCCAAUGACCAAAGAAUGGGCCGAGAUCUUUGCUAGAGGGGUCUAUGGCUCCGGGUGCCAGCAUAUGCUCCAACCGAUCCUUCCCCUUCUGGAAAAGCUUCUGGGCCGCCCAUUGUAGAUCUCCGAUCUUCCACCUAACUUGCACCUAGGUCACAUCAAUGCACUAAAAUCCCAGCUCGGGAAAUGCAGGCAUGCUUUGGGGACGAAGAUUGUUCAGGCCAUAGAUGAAGAAGACGAAGAUGAUGAAGAUGAAGAUGAGGGUGGAGAUCACCCCGACCAGUAGAUUAGAUAUUUCCUUUGUAUUUUCAUUCCGUA